UGGUGUAUUGGACCCGGCUGCCACUCUGGACAGCUGCAUGCUGAUUCAAAUCCAAUAUUGAGAUGCGCCCAGUGCGACUUCCGUUCUUGCGUCAAGCACAAGGUCCCGUGGCAUGAUGGCCUUACGUGUGUGCAAUACGAUGCUAGCACCGCUUUGCGUCAAAGAGAUAUGGAGGAAGCGGCCAGCAAAAAGAAGGUUAAAGAGACGAGUAGGCGGCGUCCUGGAAGAAAAUGCGGCUGGAGAAUUGAGAAAAAUGACGGAUGCGAUCAUAUGACAUGCCGUAAAUGCGGAACUCAAUUCUGCUGGCUAUGCAAAGCUAAUUAUCAGGACAUCUGGAGAUACCGCAAUGGGGCGCAUAGAUCGACCUGUCGAUAUCAUUCGACGAAUCUUCCCGAUCUAGAUCUAUGA